GUUGGCCCAUCGUCUUUACUCGCUUUCCGCCGCCGCCCACCUCCUCUUUGGAACCACGAUAAGCUCCUCUUCCUUCCGCCACUGCGUCCUGCCCCGAAGCGUGCCGGCUGCAGGUCGCCGCUUUCCGCCUCCAAGAACGCUCUGGCUACUGGCUCGAACCGCUACCACCGCGCUUCAACACAAACAGGAAUUGGGACUGCACCGGAUUGAUCGACAGCGGUGUUUGAUACCUCAAUUGAAUAGGACUUUGUUCAAAGUCGAUGGGCACCGAAUCCAAAGGCAAAGCGCCACCUAAAGUGGUGAAACUUGAUAAGGCGCUGAAAUUGGCCGAAGCUUGGGUUAAUAAUAUGAGCAGACCAGCGAUUUAUGAGCAGAGUGAAGUAGAAUUUGAGGGUCGACCUUCGAGGUUAGGUCUGGGAGCUAAAAUCACACCAAAAAUGAAAGCGGCAGUUUCAAGUGAUCCAGUUGAACGGAAAUUGCUUGGGAAGUUGAACUCAAAGAAGAAACUGUCUUCGGAAAAUGUAGAGAAAGCUAGCCCAGUUAAAGAGAAUUCACCAAGCGACGAUGAUGAAAAUGAACCAGAGAGCAGAACAAGUGCUUUUGUGAAGAAGAGACCAAUGCCUCCAGCAACAUCUUUGCAGUCUUCCAAGAAGAGAAAAUGACAUUCUGUAAUCUUUGUCAGGUUUAAAUUGUGUAGAUGAGGUGGGUGCACUUGUUCUCAAAUUAUUUAUCAUUGUCCAUGUUCUUACAAGGUUCCUUCACAUUCUGAAUGUUAGAACCUUUUCCCUUGAUCAAUCAAGUCCCAUACCAUCUACAUUGUUUUACUUCA